CCGCCGAGUAGAAAGUAGAUUGGUUUUUUUUUACUCCAAUUUGCCUUCACGAUUGUUAUCCUCACUUCCUUCUUCCCCCUUAUCUCUCAUUUUUUUCUCCUUUACGUCUUCGGAGGGCUGCAGUGCGGCUAACGAUUGGAUUUGAUGAAUUGAAGUUUAUUGCCUGGCAAUAAGCUCGCUCUUGAUCACUCCAAUUCCCAUCCUGCAUCAUCCUCGUUGACACUGUCUUUCUCGUGCCUUCGCCGUCGCGUUCUGUUUUACCCUCUCCUUCCAUAAAUAAUAUCCUAUUACCUCACGAUUAAUCACUGUCGACUUGCAUGAGCCUUGUUUUUAUAUCUUUAUCAGCGACAUUUCUUCUACCAUGUUGUCCCGCGUCGCUCUUCGGAAAAGUGCUUUGGCUCGCGUGCGAGUUACAGGCCGCUCGGCCUUGCCAUCACCGGCAACAUUGAGGCUUCAUUCGCAGUCAACUCGACCAGCCUCUUUCACAAACACUUCGUCUACAACAAUCACACAAGACCGUUCUCGCCGACCUUCCCUGACCUCAAACCGAAACCUUGCCACUGCCGCAGACCAGUCCGCGCUCAGUCAGGGGUCAGGCUCAUAUAUCCCUUUCGACACUGCCUCCUCCGAGGAGUCUUCCUUCCCUGGGGACAGCUUCUUUGAUCAGAAGCUGUCUCCCUUUUUCAGACCACAUCCCCAGGGGCUCGCUAGUUCUUCUCUGAUCAUCGUGAACGAGGCUGCGCAAACCAGGCCCAAGGUGCAACGGAAAGUGAAGGGCCUGGGCGGUGACGCGGAUGAAAUGCUUGCCAACCUUGAUGUGUCUCUCCGCAUUCACCAGUAUGAGAGAUCUGCUACACUGAUCAGUCGCUUAAAGGACUGUUACCCUCCCGGAUCACCUGAGUACCUUGCAUUGUGCAACCGCCACCUGAACGAGAUCGUCUCGCACAUGUCCCUGACCCGGCAGCAUGAACUGAUCCCUGCCUGCCAAAGGUUUUUCGAAGUGGAACUUCGAGCACACGGUCUCGAGCCCAAUGCCACAACUUUCGCGGUCAUGAUCCGGAUGGCUCUCCGCAUGUUUCACGGCUCCAAGCGCGACAGAACCGUGCGCAGGUACUGGGAAUUGGCCAAGAGCAAAUCUUUGGAGGAACGAGUUCUUGCGGACUCUAUUUUUUCGGAGUCGGAUUUGGGCGAGCUGUCGCAGAUCUGUUCUCACGACGUGCAACGUGUGGCCAUGGGUAACUUCAACUCGAACACAAUCGGCGAUGAUGCCUCGGUCGCCGAGUCUCAGGAUGUGGAGGUCAAGGCUGUCAAACAGAAAGGUCUCGGUCUUUCUUCGCUUCAGGAAUCACUCGAAAUCUUCUCCGACCCCUCCAGAGUUUCACUGCCCCUUCACGAGGAAGGCACCGUGGAGGACCAGAUGCGUCAGCAUAAGGAGGCCCGGCAGCGCCAGCUUGAACAAGAUGCCAUCCAGUCUGCGCUAAACCGUUGGCGCGCCGAGAGUGACACAAGGAGAAAGCGUGGAUUUGAUGGUGCUGAGAAGCGCUUAGGACCGAUCAUCGACCAAUGGCUCACUGGGCUGGAAUUAAAGAUCGAAGAAGAGAUCAAGUCUUUCAACAAGCUAUCUGCCAAGCCUGGGCCGUCUAUCAACGCAGCGGAACUUGAUUUGUUAGAGUAUGGUGUUUAUCUAAGUGCUUUGAAGGCGGAUCGCAUUGCAGCAAUCACGAUCCUGAGUGUUAUAUCCACCUUCAGCCGCCUGGGAGUGGACCAAGGGACGAAGUUGGCCGGACUUGCUUACGGUAUUGGCUCGGAAUUCCACGAUGAGAUCCUGGCAGAAAGAACUUUACAACAACAAAAGGAGAAGCAGUCUACUCAAGGCCUCAGCAGUGUCAGACAGGCGCUUGCGAUUCGCAAGCAGAAGGAUGGCCGAGCGCGCUGGUAUCACCUUUCGCGCAAGAUUGAGGAAGAGGACCCGUCUAUCUCUUGGUCGCCUCGAGUGAAAGCCAAGGUCGGCGCCACUUUGUUGGGCUUUCUCUUCGACGCUGCCAAGGCGCCAGUGGAGGUCAUCAAUCCUGAGACCCAGAAGAAGGAAAUCGCCAUGCAACCUGCAUUCCAACAUAAUUACCAGAUCACUUGGGGCAAACGCGCUGGCUAUAUCCAUCUACAUCCGUCCGUCGUCGAUAUCUUGCUCAGGGAGCCUCCCGCCGACAUCCUGAGCCGCCACCUGCCGAUGGUUUGCGAGCCCAAGCCUUGGAAGGGCUUGGGUGAUGGCGCCUAUUAUGUGUACAAGAGUGAGCUAAUUCGUUCGACACCGGGCGAGAGUCUUCAACAGGCCUAUGUAAAAGCUGCCAUCAAGAGCAACGGGCUUGACAAGAUUCGGCAAAGUCUAGAUAUCCUCGGGUCUACAGGCUGGGUUAUCAACCGGGAAGUUUUUGAUGUCAUGCUUGAAGCGUGGAACUCCGGCGAAGCCCUAGCGAAUCUCGCUGCCUUGGAACCAAAAUUGACCCCUCCCGAAAGGCCGUCUGCGGAAGAAGGUUAUGAGGCUGAAAAGAAGUGGGAUCGGCUUGUCCAACUCAUGGAGAAUCGCAAAUCCGGUAUCCAUUCUCAGCGUUGCUUCCAGAACUUCCAGAUGGAAAUCGCCCGCGCUUAUCUCGACGAAACAUUCUACCUCCCUCACAAUAUCGAUUUCCGUGGCCGUGCAUACCCUCUGCCGCCUUACCUCAACCAGAUGGGCGCCGACAAUGCCAGAGGCUUGCUGCUCUUCAGUGAAGCUAAGCCGCUCGGCCCGCAGGGUCUCAGAUGGUUGAAGAUUCAGAUUGCCAAUCUGUCAGGAUUCGACAAGGCCAGCCUUCCUGAGCGCGAACAGUUCACAAUGGACCAUCUGGACGAUGUACUGGACUCUGCUAACAAUGGCCUCAAAGGCCGGCGUUGGUGGCUCAAGGCAGAAGACCCUUGGCAGUGCCUGGCUGCCUGCUGCGAGUUGAGGAAUGCGCUCAAGCUUUCAGACCCUACUCAAUACUUGUCGCGUUUGCCCAUUCAUCAGGAUGGAUCUUGCAACGGACUGCAGCACUAUGCUGCGCUGGGUGGUGAUAAGGUCGGCGCUCAGCAAGUCAACCUCGAGCCUUCCGAUCGUCCAUCCGACGUCUACAGUGGUGUGGCGGAGUUUGUCAAGAAAACCGUCGCCCAGGAAGCCGCCGACGGCAACCCUGUCGCCAAAUACCUCGAAGGACGGAUCACCCGCAAGAUCGUGAAACAAACGGUCAUGACCAACGUCUAUGGUGUCACCUUCAUGGGUGCUAUGAAACAAGUUCGAAAGCAGCUUGUCGACCACUAUCCGGAUCUUACUCCUGAGCAGAGAGUUGAAGGUGCUUUGUAUAUCGCGCGCAAGAUUUUCGAAGCUUUGGGCUCAAUGUUCAACGGUGCCCACGAGAUUCAAUACUGGUUGGGAGAUUGUGCCAGUCGUAUCACUCGGUCCAUGUCGCCGUCUCAGAUCGAAGAACUUAUGCAGGAAGCCAUGGGGUCGGCGAGUGCCGCCAACAUGGAUCCGGCUAAGAAGUUCCGAACCACGGUCAUUUGGACAACUCCUCUGGGAUUACCCGUGGUCCAGCCUUACCGAGUCCGCUCGUCACGACGUAUCGCGACUAGUCUGCAGAGUUUGAGCAUUAUUGAUACCAACGCGGAUGAUACUGUCUCGGCCCGCAAGCAGCUUCAAGCUUUCCCUCCCAACUUCAUUCACUCCCUUGACGCCACACACAUGAUGCUAUCGGCCAUUGCGUGCCACAAGGCGGGUCUAUGCUUUUCAGCCGUCCAUGAUUCCUUCUGGACGCACGCCUGCGACGUUGACCAGAUGAACGAGCUCCUUCGGGAGGCGUUUGUGCGCAUGCAUUCUGACGACGUCGUUAAGAGACUGGACGCUGAGUUCAAGGUCCGUUACGGGGACAACCUCUUCCUUGCCAAGGUGCGUAGCCGCAGUCGGAUUGGCAAAGCCAUCAACGAGUUGCGCAAGAGUAAGAAAGAAAAAGGAAAGAACUCGAAGAUGCUCGAGCUGUUCGAUGAAUACAAGCGACAGAAAUUCUUGAAGUCCGACGAUCCGGAGUUGCAGGCCCAGGGCCGGGCGAUGGUGACCCCCGCCAGCAUUUUUGAAUCGCUUGGCGAAGACAAGGAUCUGUCUAUCUCCACCUCGCUGGGUGCGACGGCUGUUGGUCACAUUCCCGAAAAUGCCGAUAUCACCAGUCGAGGCCCUGAUCCUCUGGAAUUCGACGAGUCGGAUCCCGCCAUCGAGUCCCUAUUAGGCACGAUCGAGACCGAUCCGGAGGCGCUUGUCACGGAGCUAUCACCUGAGGAGGAAAGGCCCAAGAUGAAGCGCAACAAGCUCACCCAAGUCUCGUACGCGCACUUCUGGCUUCCUAUGCAAUUCCGCGAGGUCCCAACGAAGGGUAGCUGGGAUGUCAGCCGUAUCCGAGACAGCCAGUACUUCUUCUGUUGAAGGGUGCAUUAUAUGGAAACUUCUCUCUCUGAGGGUGACUUCUUCUUUCUACGAAUCUUCUGGUCUAUUUCUGGUUUACUGAUAUCCCUUGUAUGAUUUGUGUUUUGUUUUGACUCUCUGUACCAACACGUGGGGUGUUCCUGCAUGGAGUUUCGGAGGCGCGUGGUUGCUUCCAUACUGUAUAGUUAGCACGGACAUUGUUUCGGAUCUCCUGUGUCCUAGAAAAGCGAUGACUACAAUUUCAAUGUAUAUACACCUAUUAUGAAUAACUUCCUUUCACUUUC